UAGCAGCAAUGAUUGACUUGGUAGCCUAAACUUGCAAUUGCAAAUAAUGGGGUUGCUUGACCACCUCUGGGACGACACCGUCGCCGGUCCCCGUCCGGAUACCGGCCUCGGAAAACUCAGAAAACACCCUACUUUUAGCUUUCCAUCCAACUCCGCCAACGAAGUUGAAAACAACAUGGGAGGUGAGGAUGCAACGAGAGUGACGAGGCGUAUAAUGAUCGUGAAGCCGCCGCAGAAAGACUCGCCACCGGUUUCCCCUGCCGGAAGCACUCCACCGGUAUCCCCUUUUGGCGGAGGAGGGCGAUUCAAGCGCAGGUCGUCAUUUUCAUUUGAGAAGGCUAGCGGUGUGGGACCAAAGAGCCCUCCUCCUCCCUACGACCUCUGAGAGACUGCCACCUUCUCUUCUCUUCUCUAGAUAUGCCUAUGUGUUUUGCAUGAGUGUGGGAUAUAUUUGUGUGAGAAAGUUUUGUAUAUAUACUCCUAUGUAUGUGUGCUAAUGAGUUUUGUAUAUAGAUGAGCAUAUGCAGUCUCAUGAGUUGGAUGUUGUUUGUCAUGUACCAAACUCUGAAUACCACUUUCCCUAGUUGCAUCUACCAGUACUUUUAUUA